CUCGGGCCUGUGAGGAGGAUGGAGCUGGGAUUGUAAACAGAGCAGCUGGGGCCGGUGCUGGUCCAGCGAACCUCCCAGCCUUUUUUUCUUCUUUUCCCUUCUCUUCACCAAACCUCCGCAGUUCGCCUGUCCCAGCAGGGCUCUCCGAACAUGAAGCUUUGGGCUGCAUUUUUUCUGGCACUGCUCUGUCUGGAGCUCCAAGAUGGAUCCUGCCAGGCGAUCAAGAGGAAGAAAGACGCGGGGGAAAGCGGCGCCCAUCCUGGUGGGAAGCGGGCGAGGGCCCGCCAGCCGGCUCCGACCAGCAGGAAGGGGAAGAGCCAGUCCCUGCUGACCCAGGUGUUGGACAAGGGCCGCUUCCUGCGCCUGGGCCCCAGCACCACCCUGACUCCCGGGAAGAGCGUGGAGCUGCGCUGCAAAGGGACCAACAUCGGAUGGUCCUACCCGACCUACCUGGACACCUUCAACGACUCGCGCCUCAGCAUCAAGCACAGCGACAAGUACAGCCAGCUGGUCCUGACCUCGCCCUCUGCUGCAGACACGGGUUCCUACAGCUGCUGGGUCAUAGUGUGCGACGGGACGGAGUGCCAGAGGGACCAAGACCGCACGUACUCAUCCUACGUCUAUUUCACAGACAAAGAGAACCUCUUCGUCCCGUCUGCGAUCCACUUCGAGAUCGUGUACCUGCGCCCCGACAGGCCCGCGGUCGUGCCCUGUCGCGUGACCGAGCCCCGAGUUGAGGCGUCGCUCCACCGAGAAGUCCCUCCCGAGGAAAUCACAGCAAACCAGACUCUUUUGACCUUCGACCCCACCAAGGGUUUCAUCCUACAGAACCCCAGCGCGGAUCUUCAGGGGGUCUUCUACUGCAAGGCUGCCUCCAAGGGGACGCCUCAGAUCUCCACCAAAUACCAGCUGCUGUAUGUGGAAGUGCCCAGCGGGGCCCCGUUCGUGAGCCUGGGAGCCUCUCCGGAGACGGUGAGAGGAGGCGGCGGCAAUGUUAACGUGACCUGCACUGCGCUGGGAGAACCGGAGGAGGACGUGAGGUUCAGCUGGUCGUAUCCCGGACAGGACAAGCGUCCGGCUCGCAUCCAGACGUUGUGGAGGCUGGUGAACAGAGGCAUGGGCCACACCACAAGGGUCUCCCAGAGCAUCUUGUCUGUGGAGGACAUGCAAACCAUCGACUUCGGUGACUACAUCUGUAAAGCUAAGAACAUAAACGGCGAGACGAUAGUGACGACUAAAAUCGCCUCUUCAUAAUCGCCACCCAGCAGCGUAUGAAACAGGUUUUUUGUUUUUUGUGAUGGACCUUUUCCACAUGUAAAGCUUUAACGUUGAGGCAGCCGUCUGCGGGACCAGAUAACGUCCAUGUUUGUUCAACAGAACGGUGUGCAGUAUCGCAAUAUUUUUGAAAGACGCAAUAAAGAUUCUGUAAUUGCCUUCACUCAUUUCAAUGAAAAACUGCUUGUAGUUUUGAAACCAUAAUAUGUCGCACGGAGCCGUUUUUGAACGCAGCAGAGUAAUUUGAGGGAGACUUUCAGACUGUUUUCCUUACAGCAGGAGGAAGACGCACGUAAACCUUUGCAACCUGAACUGAAGAGGUGUGGAGUUAAAAGCCUCAUGGAAAAAGCCCAAAGUUAUCUCACAUCCAGAUGUUUUUGACUAAAUUAAAUGUAAAGGUUUGUUGCAACAGUG